AUGUCGAACAAGGAUUACUACGGCGGCGGCGGCCAGCAGCAGCAGCAGCAGCAGUACUACCCUCCCCAAGGUCCUCCCCCGGGCCAGGGCGGCUACUACGGCGGCCCCCAGCAGCCACAACAAGCAUACGGCCAGCCUGGCUAUGGCCAACAGCCCUACGGCCAACCUGGCUACCAGCAGCCCUACCAGCCCCAGCCUCCGCCACAGACCGUAUAUGUUCAGCAGCAAGACAAGGGUGGAGCCGGCGGAACUGGUUGCCUUGCGUGUCUAGCGGGCGCUUGCUUGUGUUGCUGCGCGGAAGAGAUGCUCUGCGACUGUCUGUUCUAG